CUUCCAUGAUCUCAUGAGUGUAUAUCGAUCUAGCAAACGUCCACCACAUAUCGUUUUUCUAGUCGACACUUUACCAUUUAUACAUUUGGAAUGUAAAACAGACGAAGAAACAUUUGCUAGUAUUCAAGCCAUCAUUCUACGGAUUCUACUUUAUUAUGUAGAUAAUGUGGACGAUCGUAUUACUUGGGGCUUCCGUUUCUUCAAUACAAACAGUACUUCUAUUACCAUGUCCAAUCGUCGAUUCCAUCCUGUAUCUACUCAAUCUAUACAAGAAUUUGUCAAGGAACUAGGGACAAAGGUGCAUCAUGACCGUUUCAAAACAGCAGCAGAUAAAGAUAUGAUGGCAACUGUCAAAGUCGAUCCAACCAACAACAAUAAUGAUUCUUGUUUCUCUAAUCUUAAACAAACACUUAUGCAAACAUUAGCCGAAUUUCAAUGGAAGGAUAUUGAUCUCUUGGGUGCUUCUCCUCGGUCGCAACGUAUUCGAAACUCAGCAAAAGGUAGUACGAGUAGUCAUCAUGUUCGACGAGAUCAACCUGUGGUGCUCAACAAUUAUAUGUAUGUGAUAUCUCAUCGUCCUCAUACCCUCUCUGAUUUACGCCAUUAUAUUGAAGGCCAUCAUACCAAGAAAUCUAUUCAAACAAAGCUUACUCCACAAGGUGAUAUCAUGGAUGCUUUCCAUAGUAUUCAACAAAUGGCAGAUGAACUCAAACGUUGGUUAUGGGACGAUUAUGCAAAUCAUCAAAUAUCUAUCAAUUGGAUUGAUAGAGAAUCUUGGACAACACAAAAGGAAAUAGAUCGAUUUAUUCAACAAGGGUUUGAAUCUAUCAUGGAAAUGUUUGGUGGUCAUUUGAUACAAGAACCUAUGCUUCAAUAUGACUAUGAUUAUUUUGGAUUGUCCUUUGCCACUGUUUUUGAUCAUUACCGAUGUCGCCACAUGGAUGCUCCACCACAACUAAAACUUUCUAUGACUCAUCUCCAGCAACAAAAGAAGUUAACAAAUGUACCUGAAAACAUCAGCAAAUUAGAUACCCCGGUGUGGUCAGGCCCAUUGAUUUCCAACCUGGAGAAACUAGAACAAUGCCAAAUACAUGCCUAUCGUAUGAAUAGACAGAAAUUGAACCAUAAAACACAACCUGAUCAAGCCACUACUGAAGAAUUGGAGAAACCAACAGUCUUUGAUGGAAUGGAAUCAUUAAAAAUUAUAUCACUCUUGUACACGGAAGAAUUGCGACAAGGGAAAUGGAUACAGUUUUUGGAUGACACUAGUUACGCUCUUUGGUCCCCUAAUGUCGAAUUUUCAACUAUUAUCAAACUUCUACAAGAUCAACUGAUGGUCCUUCUUGUCAAAUUAUGUCCUUUGGAUGCAUCUAGACUUGAUACUUCAGUAGCAAUAGUGGAACCUAUUUUGGAUGGUUGUGCUUCCGUAACACCAUUGUUAUUUGACGGUGAUACUUUCCUAUCGAAUCCUGGUGAUCAAAAGGAUGGUUUACCAUUAGAGGAUGAUGUUUUUCCUUGGAAUCCUCCACUUGGGAGCAAUAUUAUUGGUUAUUCGAAACUCGGUACUCAGAAAUCCAUAUUACAAGAUUUAGACAAUGAUCAUGCUACUGAGUUCAAACUGGAUAUGGAAACUCUUCCUUGUGUGGAUAUAUUGUCGAAUGCAUUUUCAAGAUCAGUGAUUGAUGAUGUCAGGCCAUCAUUGAAUACGCUCGUAUCAAAACAAACAAAAUCAAAAGGAACAAUUGCAUCUACAAAUACUAUGCCAAACAACAUUGAUGAAUUCACUCAAACACUGCAGGAUCUUUAUCUUGAUACAUUAUACAGCUCAAAGUAUACCUUAUUAGAAUCAAUGACUUUACUUCUCUCUUAUGUGGAUCAUGCACUGGAUUCAAAACAUCAAGGCAACAUGGAUGGCUCUUUGGUAGUGGCUUCUUUACAAUCUUUGAUCAUGCUUUCUUCUGAAUUUGAUCAAAAACAUCGUACACGAAUUCCUGCAAUGGUGAACUCUGGUAUUGGUGAUGGAAAUGAACAAGAACACAUUUGUCUAUCUAGUUGGCUAAGACAUAUUCGAACUAAAUACGGUGACGACAUGGAGAAGGAAGAAUUAUCAUUUAAAGCACUCAAGAUUAGAGACGCCAAGCUUCAGAUCAUCCUUUUAUUGACCAUUAUCCGAGUCCAACAAGAACAACAACGAAACAGUUCUCAAAAACAAAAAUCAACCUCUAGAAAGAAAAAGCGAUCAGAUGGACGUGCCAACACAACGGAUUUAGCCAGUGAAAAUCCAGAAGAACAGGUAGAAAUUUAUUUUGAUCGAAUGUUCAUUUGGGAACAAGUAUCGAGUGUAGUUGGUUUUUUACAAGAACGUGAUGCUGAAGCCUUUGAAAAAUCAAAAAAACGACUAGAUCAAGCAGAUAUUUUUAUUCAUCAUUUUUGUGGUCAUUUGGAUAAAUGUUUCUCAAAAAAGUUACCUGAUCUGAUCAAAAAACUUUGGGCAAAAAUAGACAAGGAUGACAGCGAUGAUAUGGACGAUACAAUCCCUAUAGCCAACAAAAGAAGGAAGACCUUAUUGAAAAUGCGAAUGCGUGGUGAUAUAGCUGGGGAAACAGUGACGGCAGACUGGAUAUCUUCUCCUCCUAUCAGUGAUAGUCAGAAUUCACAACGACAACAAGAACAACAAGAAGAUUUGGAAUACAAGGCUGUACAUCAAAUGGAAUCACCGUCUUCUGGUGCAUCAAAGCGAAAGGAGACUAUGUUCCCCAUAUUACCCUUCAUGAAACGCGAAAUCAUCAUGUCCAAGACAAUCAACGCCAACAAAGGGAAGCAGCAAUCAACAAUGGAUGCGGACAAGACUGGAAAUGUAGAUAAAUCAUCGGAGACUUCAUCCAAACCAAUGAUUCGACGAACUGGAAGCUUCACUAAAAGUGCCAUUUCUCCAAAACGUUCUGCCAAACGAAAACCAACCACGGAAACAAACACUGUCGUUUUACGUAAACGUCAAGUUCAUUCACCAACGACGCCCAGGACUAGACUAGCAAGAGAAUUCGGUAUAUCUUUGACCCCACAACUAAUGACAGAAACCAACAACAACGCGAUCCAAUUAUCACCCGAGUCAACAUCCACUUCACUUUCCACAGAACUAGAUGCAAUGACAAAUCGACCAAGGACAAAUCGUGAAUUAGGUAUUGCAGUAUCACCAGCAAGAUCGGCAGCUCGCAAGAUCAUUGGCGUUAAAUCUCCUCGAAUACACCGAAAUAAACGACGUGAUCAACAUGGUGUAGACAAAUCGACAACAAUCACUGUUCCUCGCAACUUGACGACAGCAUUACUGGCAGCUCGAUCGCCUUCCAAUGAUCAACAUCGUACAAAACCAAAUAUCAGCAAGGCGUUUAGUAGUUUAUUUGAUGAAUGAUAAUUUAUAGUCAUUGAUGGAUUCAAUAAAAACGAAAAACAAUCGAUUUAUGUACAUAGAUUUUUUAUUUUUUUACGACUUUUUUGUUUUAUGUGUAGGAUGAGAUCUUUUUUUUUUUUUUUUUUUUUUUU